AUGCCCCAACGUUUACAUACCAGUCUUGCGCAAGCAGAGAUAUUAGUCUUGAACUACAAUCUAAGUGAUCAGCUGGCGUCUAUCUUUAGGCCGAUUGCGCAGGUACAUUGUAAUGUGGGUGGUCGAAAACGAUGGGAACAUGAUCUUGAAUUCUAUAUCUGUUACGCUGAGCCACCGGUGGAUCCCAACGCCAAUCUGGCCAGCACUCCGCGGCCGUCAGGAUCCGAUAUCGGAGCGGAAGAAGUCCUGUCAUCAAAUCAGAACCGUGGAUCUUGGCUGAAUCUAUGGCCGUCUCUAAAGAUUGGGACGAGAUGGUUAUCCACUCCACCUCCAACCGCACCAACCCUCUAUUUCCCUGCUGCACAAUUACCAGAUCCUUUCAACGCUUUCGGAUUUCGCUUUCCAAGCUCCGCUCCGCUUCCACUCCCCUCUGUUGCGUCAUUAUACCACAACUGCGCUCACGUGAUGCUUGGAGGACGUCAGCUAGGUUUGUGUGCCACGCGAGAUCCCGUUCAGCAAGCAUGGAGAAACAAAGAGAGACUCCACAACUCAACUGGAUCGGUGGCAAAAGUUGAUCAUGCCAUACCCACCAGAACGCCCUCAGAAAGUGCCUUUAGCUUUUCGCAACUGCUCUCGAUCGCUUCUCCUUAUCUCCGACUUGCUAGAUUACAUACCAUAAUGGCUUGGGCUGUUUUCCCUGCACCAGCUCUGUAUACCGCUAUCUUGUUUCAUGCCACUCAACUUCCGGACGUGGAUUCCUGGAGCAAACUCACCAGUUGCUUUUCGCUAUGCGCUUCACUCUUCGUGUGCGUGAUGUGUUACCGCGCGGCAGGAUUAGCUUGGGAUGAUCUCCUGGACCGUGACUAUGAUGCUCAAGUCACGCGAUCGAAAAGCCGACCACUUCCUUCUGGUCAACUGACGUUGGAUGGAGCUAUGAUCUUCAUCGCCUUUUUGUCUGGCCUCACCUCUUGUCUCCUCUUAGCGCUUUUUCCAAUAGAAGUGUUCAUGACUUUUCUCUUGUCGAGCGCAAUCUUCGUCCCUUACCCAUAUCUCAAGCGCGUCACACAUUACACCCAAUUUUUUGGCUCGUUCCUCAUUUCAAUGGGUGUAAUUCAAGCCUGGGUGGCUUGCGCCAUGGUCCACACGCCGGUUGAAGGGGUGAAAUCCGGACUGUCUCAAUUUCUGGCUAUUCUUUCCCGGGAUUCCUGUGUUGUUGCUCCAAUUUUCUUGAUGGAGUAUCUGUUUGGUCAGUAUAACCCUCUGUUAAAACAUUCUCCAAUGACCAAAAGAUAUAGAAGUCCUGACGCCCCCUGCGGUGCUUGGUGGUCUCUGCAUGCGAUCACGUAUUCAGAGCUAGCUCAUGAGCUCAUCUAUGGAUGCCAGGAUACAGAUGAAGACAUAGAAAUAGGCCUUUUCUCACUCUCGAUCUUGUGUGGCUACGAACGCAGUAGACAGUUGGGAUUUGUGCUCAUAUGCGGCUUCGCGGGCCUCGUUGGUUACUGUGCUUCUUCAGCCGAUCUCCCUUGGUCGCAUCUCACGGUAAUCCCAGUGAUAUGGCUGCUGUUCAACUUCUGGGGUCUCAAUCUCGCAAUCCCUUCAAGCUGUAGUGCAUGGGCUUCUAAAGCUAUCAAGACAAAAGGGCUGGUCACCUUUUCCUUUGCAGUGCUGUUUUGUCUUCGCGAAUUUGACGUAACAUCUAGCACGAUCCGACUUCUAGACCUGCUACGAAAUUGAUGAAUUAUAGAAAAGUGAUGUUCUAUAGUCUUUUUACGCCUUUUGUUCUUUUCAUCAUGCCUUUCUAUAACCACAUAAUAAUUUUGAUCUGGUCAGCGUUCAUAUAUGUUCCAAAGCCUUUUAUACAUGUCUCAGAGCUUUUCUUUCAAAAAUAGUCAAUUUCGCUCUCAAAUUUUCAAUUUCUUUUUGUAAUAUCCUUUCUUCCAUUUGAGUGAUGAUAUGCCUUGGUUUUUCCCACUCAGCUUGAACUUAAUUUUCUCAGACUAUGUGUAGAAUACGCAUUGUUUCUUAAUAAAUUCAAAUCAAUUUCAUAAGUCU